AUGCUCCAAAUUCUCUUGGCCAUGCCCUUCUCAAUUUCCGUUUUCACGUAUUUUCACGUCUUCUGGCCGUGUUGUCAGGUUGGUCUACUAUUUUAUUGAGGAAAAGUUAUCAAGGCAAGUUCGAAUCUAAUAAUUAGGAGAUUCGAGGAAAAAUCGCGUAACUUUCCAUAUUAUUGAAGCAAAAAGUCUUUUUUCUUUUUCCCUCCAUAGACACGAGCGUUAAAGAUAGAUAUAGUUUAUUUUUGGCGACUUGAACUUCUCUGCGCCCUCCUCGUCACUCGGCGAUCCUCUCAUUUUGACGUGCUAUUUUCAUUUUUCUCUGACCUCGUCGGCGAGGGAACAGAGAGACGCAGAUUCUCGAAAACGUUCAAUUCGCGGAGAAAGGGGCCUUUUUUGAAGCCUUCGGGAAUAAAUAGCCGCAAAAUUUUAGUCGGUCAAGAAUCGCCGUAAUUUCCAGUUGAUGUGCGCUCCAUUGAUAAAUUUGCCAUUUUCCCACAUUCAUUAUUCUACCUCUUUUAAAUCCUUCCAUUAUUAUCUUGUUGCGAAAAAUUUGGAUGACUGUAGCGUCUUCCUUGUCUCUGUACACUAUUUCGCUAGCUUUAUUGAAAAUUUUAUAAAUUUUUUUAACUCCGCCAAUAAGUCGGUUGUAUUAAUGGACCAAAUGAAAAAUUAGAAAUUCAGAAAAAGAAAGGUUUUUAGCGACUUUUCUUCUAACAAUGUAAAGUUUUUCCAAUAAUGUCUUUCCAGUAAAUAGUUCAGAGCAACCUCAAAAGUUUCUCACGUGGUUUUUAAUGGCAUAUCUAAAGUUGACAAUAAGUUUUAUCGCUGCAAAGUUCUUGGACAAUUGAUAAGAGAGGUUCGGAGUGUCAUAUCUCGGAAAAUCAGAAGAAAAAUGCUGAUAAUCGAAAAUUCCUUGUGCUUAUUACUGUAGCUUGUUGAGAAGAUUAUAGUUGUAUUUGAACUUGAGGCUUUGAAAUUUUGGGAAAUUGAAAAAAAAAAUCUAGUUUUUGAGAAAAGACACCUCAAAUUCCGUUGAAAUAUGCUCAUUCAGGGCUUUUAGUCCUCUUUUUCAAGAAAUAGGAAGUUUUGGAGAUUGAGACUUUCAGAAUCUUGUUUUGGUUCAUCAAGGAUUUUCCUAGCCAAUUUUCAGAAAAAAAAACCGAAAAAUAAAACGACCCUCCUUUUUAGUUUCCUUGCAGCGCUAUAAAACACAUUCCUGAGGUUUUUAUCGGGUUGUUUCAGUGCUUUCGUCAAAAUUCGCAGCUUAUCUUGUUUUCCCUUUAUUUUGUUAUGUUUUGAUUGCAUAUAGCGAAAACAAGUCGUUUGUUUCUCGAUAGGGCAACUUUUCUGUUUAUUCCAACUUUCUUUUAUAGUAUUUCGAAGCUAUUUUCAGCCGCCACGUGUUUGUUAUUAGUUUCAAAUCAUUAUCGAAGUUUGUUCUUUGUAGCGAACAGAAAAAUCGGAAAAAUAUUUGUAGAAAUAGGGGAAAAACAGAGAAUAUUGAAAAUUCUUUGAAAAUCAACUCCGUUGAAUCAAAUCAAAGCAGAAAAUCGACCUGCAAAUGUUUAAAUAGUUCAAGUUACGGAAAAAAAAUUCUUCAAAACAAUUGCGGCGAAUAGACUAUAGUCUACUCUCAUCUUGAAGAGGCUGGGCGGAUGUGCCCGUUUUAAACCACUAUCAGCACAGCUGGUAGAACUUUUGGUAUUUUUACCCUAGCUUACUAGGGAACUACUCGGACUCGGGUACACGUUACAAGUUGAAACUUUGGUAGCUCCCAGACCCGGGUAAGAGUACUUGGAAACAAGAGAGAUCAUCUGCUAAACCCCAUAGGCUUCUGAGAAAAAGCUUUUUGAAAAUGAACAGUUUAGGCUUGAAAAUUAUCAAAUUUCAGUUUUCCUUUUUCUUUUGGCUGGAAAUAAAGUUUUUUAGAGUUUAUCAUAGCCGGAUCAUUCAAGACGAAUGUAUUUAAAUAUAAAAUAAAGUAAAAAGCAGUAUUCUGAAAAUUUUUAGGCUUAAUUUUCCCAUUUUCUACUAAUUUUUUCUCAGUUUUCUAUUGGGUUUAGCAGAUAUUCUCACUUGUUUUCAAGUGUUCUGACUUGGGUCUAUAAACCACUAAAGUUUGAACUCGAUCCGCGUACCAGAGUCCGAGUAGUUCCCUAGUUAGGCAGCGCUUUAGCACAGCUAGGUCUCAGAUUUUUGAAAUAAACAGCUUGGUUACUUAUUUCUUCGUACACUCAUUUUUCUCCCGUUUUCGCACAACUGAGAUAAAAAUAGCAUAAAAACACGGAUUUAAUACGGGUGCACCCGUUGGGACACCUGGAGAGAGAGUAUAGAAAAAGGUCCAACUUAGUUGAAGAAAAAUGAAACUUUUCAGGGUAUGUACAUUUUCGCGCGAAUCAUGGGCCUAUUUUACGAGACGUUUUUGCAUCUGAUGAGCACCUCGAAAUACACGACGAGCGACGUCUUCUUCUUCUUUUUGACCGUCAGCCUCGCCGCCAAGAUCCUUCUCGACACUGUUCAAAUCCGUGAGCCAUAACCAAGUUUAAAAUGAGUAAUUAGUCGUAAAAAUAAGCAUUUGAAGCUGUUGACUUUGAAUUCCGCUUUGAAAACUAUAAAAUCAGACCAAAAAAAAAAAUUGAAGGGCUCUUUUCAGAUAAAUUUCAAUAUAUCAAAUAUUUUUUUCGAAAGAAAAGCGGAAACUGCGCUCUACGGAUAAAAUUAUUUAGUUCAAUAUUUUUUUCCAGUUAAAAAAAUAAAAAAAGGACUAAGUGGAGUAUUUCUGAGGGGUCCCUAUAGAGGUUUGUUUUUUUUAGAAGCUUCUAUAGAAGGAAAAAAGGCACCUGUAGGAAUUAAGGGUCUGACCCAAAAGUUGUCCCUCCAUAGGGCCCCCUAUCAAACCCCCCUAUAGGUACCCCUCCAAAGUUUCUCAGAAUUUUGAUGUAAAAAAUAAUUUUUCUUCCAGAAAUCACCAUCGAAUGGGCGUCGUGA